AGACGGAUUCACACUCACUGGCCGCUUCCAUCAGUCUUGGUUGCUGGAUCUACCUUCAAUCCUCAGGGAAGAGGAGACACAAGUGCCGCCAAUCCAACCAGCCCCGAGUGCCAAAAUCCUCCGUAUCUGCCUCUUUCUCCCUGAUGGGGUUGCAGCUUUACAUUCCCAAGGAGAAUGUCAUAUUUGAAACCUGGUUGGAGCGCUGGUGCAGUGCUUACUGGCUGGGUAACUGUAGGUCUGCACUACCUUGCAGGCUGUUCCGGUAAAGGGCACCUGUGCUCAGCAGGCAAGUGCAGAGGGGAGACUCUGGUCUCAGCAACAUUGGCUUCUAUCACCCUCUGAGCCAAACAGAUGCUUUUAUCAAGGCACAAAGUCAAUUUUACUCUGUGGUAAUAAGGAUGGGUCAGCCAAGAUCAACAACCCCCAAACGACCCUCUGGAGAAGACAGUCUGUGAGCAGAAGCAGAGCUUAAGAGUUUGCUUUAGGGAAUGCUGAAAUGAUGUCAGCUUUGUGGCCUUGAACUUUGUAGUAACAAGCCCUACAUUGCCUCUACUGAUUCCAUUUUGUUUUCCUUGAGUUCAAAACAGAUAGGAGGGAAGAUUUUUUUUUCCUCCAAAGGCCCUUUAAACACCUCAGUCUUCUAGGUGCUCUGACCUGAGGGAGGCUGUCAUUGGUGAAGCAGAUGCAGCCAGCGUGGAGUUGGGGGUUCCGGAAGCAUCUGAAUGUUCCAUACAUCUGUUUGACAUUGGCUCAAAAGCAUGGAAUUAGUAGACAAAGCUAACUUCUUCCCCACCCCCUCUUAUCUUCAGGGGAGGGAUCAGUUCUCAGCUGGCCAGGCCAGUGUCACUGAUACAGCUGGUGUCAUCGUUACCUUCCACUAACAGAUCACUCGACACCUAUAGACCCAGCAGGGUUGGGUCUGAAUAGUGGAUUGGACCCUUAUUGUCCCAGAGCUCCAGGUGAAGCCACCAUGCAAGGCACUGCGGAAAUGCAAUGAUCAUUGAGCGACCCAAAGCUACAUUGCUUCCUGCCUCGGAUUCCUCUCACAGCUCUUUGGUUAUUGCUGCCAGAUAGGAGUUCGUCGCUGGCUGGGAGCUGAGACAGAACCAAGAUGCUAUCCAAAGAAAGGACACCUGGAGUGGCCCCCAAGUGAGGACCCAGGCCCGAAGAUUGGCUCCAGGUGUUGGCCUGGGCUGGAGGUCUGCCUGGCCUUGCAGUCCUGACUGGCUGCACUCGGGCCUGUGUCCCCUACGGCAUCAUGCUGCAGCAGAUCCUGCACGACAUGUACAUCGACCCCGAGCUUCUGGCUGAGCUCAGUGAUGUGCAAAAGCACAUCCUCUUCUACAAGAUGAGAGAGGAGCAGCUUCGGCGCUGGAGGGAGCAGGAGGCAUGGGACACCCUGGCCCAGGCAGAAGGCCUCAGGCCUGCGAAGGUCAAGCGAGCAAGCAACAAGCAUAUUCAGUGGCUGCUGGGAGCAGAUGGAGAGGUCUGGGUGUGGGUCAUGGGUGAAGGCCCUGGUGACAAGCCCUAUGAAGAGAUCUCUGAGGAGCUGAUUGCAGAGCGAGCACGGCUACAAGCACAGAGAGAGGCUGAGGAGCUCUGGAGACAGAAGGAAGCAGAGAUCACCAAGAAGUUCCGGGAUGCCUUGGCCAAUGAGAAAGCCCGGAUUCUGGCAGAGAGGUGGAAAGUGGAGAUGGAGGACAGAAAGGCUGCCAAAGUCCUGGAGGAGCGUAUACAUGAGGAAUUCAAGAGGAAAGAGGAAGAAGAGAGGAGGCGAGGAGAAGAACAGAUUCGCCUCCAGGAAGAGCAGAGAGCCAAGGAACUCUACUGGACCCUGAAGCAGGCCCAGCUGCACUGCCAAGCCAGUGAGAAAGAGGACCGCGAGUGGGAAGAACAGUUGCGCAGAUCCAAGGCAGCUGAUGAAGAGAGGAGCCGUCGUGCGCAGCGAGCCCGGGAUGAGUAUCGGCGUCACUCACUCCGAGCUAUCCAGAAGGGCACAGUUGCUGGCCUGAGCACCAUGUUCCAAGAACUUGGCCAGAAUCAUGAGCAGGAGGCAAAACUCUACCCUCAACUUCCGUGCACGAGUUCACAAUCAUCCCUUACAGAACCUGACAGGACCUGGGAGCGUCCCCUGCGUCCACUCUCCAGAGAAGUCAUCGUGCGAUGGUUCAAGGAGGAACAGCUGCCUCGCCGAGCUGGCUUUGAGAGGAACACCAAGUCCAUUGCUCCCUGGUUUCAUGGAAUUAUUAGCCGAGAGAAUGCAGAAGACCUUCUGGAGAAUAUGACCGAGGGAGCAUUUCUGGUCCGGGUCAGUGAGAAGAUCUGGGGUUAUACCCUAUCCUACCGCCUGCAGAGAGGCUUCAAGCACUUCCUUGUGGAUGCCUCUGGGGACUUCUACAGUUUUCUGGGAGUGGACCCCAAUCGCCAUGCCACCCUCACGGAUCUCAUUGAUUUCCACAAGGAGGAAAUAAUCACUGUUUCAGGGGGAGAGUUGCUGCAGGAACCCUGUGGACAGAGGGAUAGCCCACCAGACUAUCACCUGUUGUUUGAAUGAUGUUUUUCCUCCUCUAUGGAUUCCUUUGAAUAUUCCUAUAUUGAACUGAACUUAAGAAUAUCCCAACUCAAAGUCUCAUGGCCUUCUAGUAGACCCACCACCCAUAAGAUGAACGAAUUUCCAAAUGUGACCUGCAAAAUGUGACUGCAUUUGUGAGACUGGUCCAAUCCCAACACUCAAGACAGAAACUCUAAAUAACCAAUGUUCCUGGAGGCCUGACUGUCAUGGUUGUGCUAAGCAGAACUCCUAGAGUGAAUAUUUUAGUAACCAAAAGCAAUUCCAGUGCCGAACCAUACAUUUAAUAUAGGGUCAACACCUAAUAAGUGUUUGUUGAGUGAAUGCCCUUCUGAAAAAAGUCCCAACACCAAUGUGCAAUGGUUUCUCACAAAUUAUUUUCUAAACUAUGUCAUAUAGUUACAGGGCCCAGGUCCUUCUCCAAGAGAUCAGACUGAGAGAGCAUCCCUCACUGUGGGAGGGCUGUUUAACCACUUAUACAUUAUCUCAUAUCUUGGCUCCAAGGAACUGUUUUACCUGCCUUGAGAGUUGUGUCAAGCAUCUCUUAUUCUCCACUCAAUCUCUUGGCUCUUCUGUCUCUCUCCUUCUUGGACAUCACCCACACCCAUGUCUACCACUACAGUCAGUUUCGUGUGACUGACUCUGCUUUUGUUCACUCACCGUGUUCUUCAGCCUCACGUGUACAUAUGCCAAUGACACUUUGUCACACAUGGUUCUUAGGGGGGCAUGUAUUUGCUUAUCUUUUAAACAGUUUUUCUUUAUUCUUGAGAAUUUCAUACAUCUAUACAAUGAAAAAAUGACAAUAUUUACUGUCUCCCUUCCCCCGCCCUCCCCCCUCCGUCUACCCCAGUGUGCUCCCAUCAUUAGGUAUUUAUAAAAAAAAUAACUCACUAAGUCCAAUUAGUACCACCCAUAUGUGCAUGGAUGUGACCUUUCAUUGCACCAUGGAAUUCUUACUAGAGGCCACAUGUUCCAAGAAUAGUGACAUGUCUUCUCUAGCGAUUGUCAACUACCAAUACCUCUUCAGUAAAGGCUAGGACUAGAAGGCAUCUUUUGUAGUUUCUUCAUUUAAAAUCUGAACAAGAUUUGUAUGUAUUCUUUUAAGUCUCAGAGAACGCCUCUCUUCCUUUAUUGCACAAAUUGGGCAGUUCUGAAAAAAAUAUCCUGUGUUCUGGACUUGUCUUAUUGUUUGCUGCUGUUAUUUUUGUAUUGGCUGUAUUACAUAUUUUUGGCUUGAUGAGACUGAUACUGAAUUUUUGGGGAAGGAAACGUUUUUAGUACAUGAUAUCACAAGGCUCUUUAAGACACAUUGGCCCGAAUUUUCUAGUCUUCUUCAUCAGUGGACUCAGAAUAUCUAAUUACUUCAGUUGUCCUUGAUCACUUACGCCCCCCCGUUUUUGAGCUAGGAUCUCAAGUAAUGCAUCAUGACACUAAACCCACUUUGUUGAACUACUGAUCUUCCUGUCUCCACCUCCCAUGCUCCAGGAUUAUGUAUUACCACUAUGCGUGGGUCCCCCCUUUUUUACCUCUUCCUUUUAGUAAAAACAAACAAACAAAGGUUACUAUUUAUUUACGCCCUGUUGCGCAGUGAGCCUUGAGAUAAUGCAAAGGUUGGUCAAUCAUGUCUUCUUCCUUCAUCCUCCUGGAGGGAUUGUUCUAAAAGCCAGCCCUUGAUGCAGUCUCUUAGAAGACAAUCAUGAAUGAUGGUGUAGCCAGGUACACCUACGUCCCUAUUGUCACUCAUUCUCUGCCUCUUACCUCUCUGGGAUAUUCUUCUGGGAUGCUACCCCUGAGUCAAGUAGCUAUCAUACUUAGUCUCCACCUUCUGGGGACCCAAGGAGAGUACUUACUUUCCAAACAUGUAUUUUUCCUUUUUGUACCUUGAGUUAGGGUAUUGCCAGGUAGAUCAAGUGGCUUGGAAGUUAUCAUGUAGCUCAGGUCUGGUCUGAGUUCAUGAUCUUCCUGUGUUAGCCUCCUGAUUGCUGGCAUGACAUGUGUGUGACAGCACGAUUGGCCCCAAUAUGUUAAGUUAUAGCAAUUUUAUGAAUCAGUUCCAUUGCUUCCCUCCAGUCAGCCUGUAUCAGUGUAUGAAUGAAAUGAAGUGAUGGUAGAGGGACUCUGCUUUCUGAACUCUAUGGUAUUCUCAAGCCACAGCCAAGUUCUUUCCAAAUUAUGUUAUUUCUACCUGCACAAAGAAUAUCUACUUUUGUUCUGAUUUUGCUGUGUACCAGCAUGUAAAGUUAUUCAGGCCACCAAAUCUCACUAAACCUCUGUGCAACUGAGAUGAAGAUUUUUUUGUGUGGUCAUCAUUAGUUUCUUCUGGCUGAUCAAUUAAGUGACAAAUAGGGUAUCUAUGUCCAAAUGAAACACCUUGCUGUCCACAACCACACAGUGCUGUGUCAGGGGAUUCCACAAGAUGAUUUCCCACACACUGGAAGAAAGUUCCAGCAGCAGCUUUGAAAGGAGUACAGGAUGGGUUGAAAACCUGACAUCUUGGCCGUGGUUCCUGUCGACUGCUAAUUAAUAUGUGAGAGAUAAGAGCUGAAUUUUCCAUCCCUAACACAUUUAUUUCAUAUUAUUUGGAGCCUGCACUUUCUGCACGUCUCAUAUAUUUUAGGUUUUACCUGGCUUUCAAAUAAAUUCCUUGUAAGUUGUCCUGCAAAUGAAAUUACUGUCUGGAAAACUGC